AUUGGAAUGAGGUCGUGAACGAGAACUGCGUCAAGCUCGCGAGACUCUGCUAGAACAAUACCGGAAGUAGAGGGAUUUUAUUAUCAACACAAAAAGCUCCGCUGUUGCUUGGACGACACUUGUAACGCCAGCUCUUGCAACCAUUUUAUUGUGAAACAUUUAACUGGGACUCCCGGUUUUUACUCGCGGUGAUUAACAUUAGUGCGAGCGAGCAGGCGGAGAGGAACGGCAUCUAAAAACCGACUUGGAAAAACUACUUAGCGAGCUCCUUGUCUCAGCCUUGAGGAGGCACCAGCAUGAGUCAGGAGUCACUGGAGUCUGAUGGAGACUCUGCUCAGGAUGUAUGUGACUUCAACUGGGAUGACUACCUGGAGGAGUCUGGAACCGUGUCUGUGCCCCAUCACGCCUUCAAACAUGUGGAUCAGGGCCUGCAGACGGGCCUUACUCCAGGCAUGAAGCUGGAGGUGUGUUUACGUUCAGAGGCCGACAGCCCUUACUGGGUGGCUAACAUCAUCACCACAUGUGGCCAGUUGCUGCUGCUGCGCUACGAGGGGUACCAGGAUGACCGGCAUGCUGACUUCUGGUGUGACAUCAUGACGGCAGACCUCCACCCGCUGGGCUGGAGCCGGCAGCAUGGCAAGAUCAUGAGAGCACCUGAAGGUGUACGUGAGAAGCACCAGCACUGGGAGGUUCUGCUGGAAAAGGCCCUGGCUGAAGAGUGCAGCGUGCCUGCCAACCUGCUGGAAUUGCCCCAGCGUGGUAGAGACCCAGUGGAGCUCCUGUGCAUGGGCAGCUAUGUGGAGCUCCAGGACAACAUUGACCCGGGGCUGGCCUGGGCUGCUGAGGUGAAGGAGAACGUCGGGGGGAGGCUGAAGCUGCGCCUGGUAGGCACCGAGGGCCUCCCAGACACACCUGCAACCCUGUGGCUCUUUUACCUCCACCCACGCCUCCACCCACCUGGCUGGGCCAAAGAGCACAGCUGCACCCUCAGGCCUCCAUCAGAUCUGUUGGCGCUGCGGACUGAGGAUGAGUGGGAGGAGGUGAAACAGAGGAUCAGUGACCUGCCUCAGGAUGAAGCUCUGACUGCAGAGUUCAGUAAGGAUCAACCUACCAUUGCUGCUCAUUGUUUCAAGAAAGGGAUGAAGCUGGAGGCUGUUGACCCUGCUGCUCCUAUUUCCAUCAGACCUGCCACUGUCGCCAAGGUGUUCAAUGAGCAGUACUUCCUGGUGACCAUGGAUGAUCUUUGUGGUAUUGAGGAGUCAGAGGCUACAGGGCGGUCCUUUCUGUGCCACAGAGACAGUCCUGGGAUCUUCCCUGCUCAGUGGAGCCUUAAAAAUGGGCUCCCUCUGAGCCCCCCACCAGGAUACCAGGGUCCAGACUUUGACUGGGCAGAUUACCUGAAACAGUGUGAGGCAGAGGCUGCUCCUCAGCAUUGUUUCCCAACUGAACAGUGUGACCACAGCUUCAAAGAGGCCAUGAAACUGGAGGCUGUCAACCCCCUGUCACCUGAGAACAUUCACGUGGCAACUGUCGCCAGGGUCAAAGGGCAGUAUCUUUGGCUCACCUUGGAAGGACUGAAGCAGCCCGUGCCAGAGCUGAUAGUUCAUGUGGACUCUCUCGACAUCUUCCCUGUCAGCUGGUGUGAGACAAACGGCUAUCCGCUUGUCUACCCAUUCAAGCCCUCAGUUGAGAAAGAGAGAAAGAUUGCUGUGGUGCAGCCAGAAAAACACAGAACUUCACCUAAGUCUUCAUCACCAGACAUGGUUAAGCAGCAGAUGGCCAGCCAUUCAGAGACAGGUGCUGGGCAGAGCAACGGUAAAUACUGCUGUCCUAAGAUCUACUUCAACCACCGCUGUUUCUCAGGGCCUUACCUCAACAAGGGACGCAUUGCAGAACUGCCUCAGUUCAUCGGCCCUGGAAACUGUGUCCUUGUGCUCAAAGAGGUAUUGACACUGCUGAUAAACUCAGCAUACAAGCCCAGCCGUGUGCUGAGAGAGCUGCAGCUGGACCAGGAGAGCCGCUGGCAAGGCCAUGGAGAGACACUCAAAGCCAAGUACAAAGGAAAGAGUUACCGGGCCACUGUGGAAAUCGUUCGCACUGCAGACCGUGUAGCAGACUUCUGCAGGAAGACCUGCAUCAAGUUAGAAUGCUGCCCGAACCUGUUUGGACCUCGCAUGGUUCUGGAGCGCUGCUCAGAGAACUGCUCUGUCCUGACCAAGACCAAAUAUACAUAUUACUAUGGAAAGAAGAAGAGUAAACGGGUUGGUCGUCCACCCGGGGGCCACUCCAACCUGGAGGGAGGAGUAAAGAGAAGAUUUGCUGACCUCGUCACCCAGGGCAGUGGAGAGGAAGAAGAUCUGGAUGAAGACGACUCCCUGAGUGAAGACUCCGGCUCUGAGCUGCAAGACGAUCUCCAGGAUGAUUCUGAACAAUCCGUCGGGAAGUCUCAGCCCACCACACCGUCCCCAUCCCCACCAGCAACACCUAGGCCCACACGCCGACGCCGGAAGCCCUGCUCACCCUCUUUCUCCGAUGAUGAGAAUCGCCCUCCUUCACCUAAGACCUCAAAGACUGAGCUGCCUCAGAAGUUGUGUUUGGACACUAGCCCCCUGGAGUGGAGCGUUACUGAUGUGGUUCGCUUCAUCAGGACCACUGACUGUGCACCUCUUGCAAGGAUUUUUUUGGAUCAGGAGAUUCUGGGACCGGCCAUCAAACUGUGCCACCACAUCGAGAGGGUCAAGCUGGCAUUUUAUCAACAGUUUGCUACGUAGCUCAUGGGGAAUGAACAUGGGACGUGGCUACAUCCUGUUUGGUGUUUUAAUCCUGUGAACAACAUGACUUUUCAGACACUGGACAUCCUUUAGAAACCUGCGUAUAUCAUUGUGUUGGACGAGCAUGAACAUAAGAUGGACAAAGCAACAUUUAUUGAUCCUUGGAACAAAAGAGCAGAGAACUAGGGUCAAAAACUCUUUAGGAAAGGCAGAGGGAAGGACAGAAAGAGAAGAAUUCAAGGCACUUUGAUGCCAUAAAUAAGUGUUAAUGCCUUUAUUAAAUUCAACAUGUUUUGACUUAAAAGUAAUCCAUAAUCAAGGACUUUGUUUUAAGUUGUUGAUGUUUAGUCAUGUCCUUAUUAGGGCUUUUUACCUACCGUGCUUUCUAAUUUUUUUGGAUUCUCCUCUAAGUGACUAAGCACCAGUGCUUCAUCUCCACAGGUCUGUUGCAUCAUUUGUGAUUUCUAAUCUGCCUUGACAUUUCUAAAAGGGAAUACCAUGGAUUCACAGCUUUUACUUGUCAUACUAAUCUCUAGAAUAUUUGGUAUCUGCUGGGCAACAUUUACUGUUGGCUGCUGGAGUCAGAAAAGAGGUGGACUUGCUGCUUAUUCUGGUGAUUUCACACUGAACAUUUUUAGUGCAGAUAAGUGUAAGCACAUGACAGCAGAAGCACUUAAAAACAGAUUUUCACAAAAUCUAUUUUAUUUCUAGAGCACCGAGCCUUUGUCGUGCAUUUUCUAGCUUUUAAAGAUUCCCUUAUAUUCUCAAAGAUCAUUUGGCACAUUAAGCAAAAAUAAAAAAAGUGUUUGUACAGUCAACUACAAGUUGCAUACAAUUAAUGAACAAUUAACAUGUGGCUUGAAAGACAAAGGUAAUGGUAAAUAAGAUAUACUGAUACUAGAUUUGAUAGAACAGUCGGUGAUUGUUGCAAGCCAUGAAAUUAGACUGUCAACACUAGACCUGUAUACUGUAUCAGCACCAUGUUGUCCAGCUGAAUCACAGUACAAGGAGGUUCAUCUUAAGAGAUAAAAUUGCUUUGUUGUUUAAGCUUGUACAGUAUGUAAGAGCAGUUUACAGGGCAAGGAUUCUAUAAUGCAAGCACAAGUGAAACCAUGUACUGUACAGUAGUAUGCAAAUAUGACAGUGCAUGUUUGUAUAUAGUGUAUAUAAUCAAAUAUCUUCUAGUGCAACAGGGUGAAUAGAAAAUAAGUCUACUGAGCCACUAACUUCCUGCAAAAGCAAUGAGCAAAUGCCCAAAUAUACAGUAGGUUUGCACAGAAUAGGCCUAAAUGUUAUCAUAUGGGAAGAAAGGUUGAAACUAAUUCAGCAACAGUUGAUUAUUUGAGCAGUUUAAUAUCAGCGGUUUAUCACUUAACAUUUAACUUAAUUGGGCCAUUUGAAAAGCAAGAUUUUCAAAAUGCAUUUGUAAAUCAGAUUAACCCUUUUUACCUGCUCUUUAAAUGUGAUUUUCUGUAAUGUGCUUCAUUUGAAACUUUUUAUUCUUUUGCUUGUAGUUACAGCUGUUCUCAAAGCAACGGACCAGAUUUUUUAUUUCAUGUUUGAAGGUUACAGCUGCUAUUUAAAGAGUGCACUGCAAUAAAGACGGUGGACAACGAA